AUCAGCACAGUGAAGUUUCUGUUGUGAAAUCGUCAGUCUCUCUGUCUCACUGCAGCAAGAAUGGCUUCAAAAGUAUGGUCAGAGGAUCAGUUUAGCUGUUCAGUGUGUCUGGAGAUAUUGAAGGACCCAGUCACUAUUCCAUGUGGACACAGUUACUGUAUGGGGUGUAUUAAGAACUGCUGGGAUCAGACUGAUCAUACAGGUGUCUACAGCUGCCCCCAGUGCAGAGAGACCUUUACCCCAAGGCCUGAUCUGCGCAGAAACACCAUGCUGGCUGAAGUUGUGGAGGAAUUAAAGAAGACAGGACUCAAUCCUCCUCCUGCUCAAAGUUAUGCUGGACCUGGAGAUGUGCCGUGUGAUUUCUGCACUGGGAGAAAGUUCAAAGCUGUGAAAUCCUGUUUGACGUGCCUGGCCUCUUACUGUGAAACACACAUCAAGCCACACUAUGAGGGGGCUGCUUUCAAGAGGCACAAGCUGAUCAAUGCAAUUGGAGAUCUGGAGCAGAAGCUUUGUCCUGAACACCAGAAGGUUUUGGAGGUCUUCUGUAGAACCGAUCAGACGUGUAUUUGCUUGUUGUGUACACAAGAUGAACACAAGAGCCAUGAGACAGUCUCAGCUAAGAAAGAAAGGACUGGGAAACAGAAGCAGCUGGGAGAGACACAGACAGAAAUACAACAGAGAAUCCAGGAGAGACUGAAAGAAAUUGAGGAGCUGAAACAGACUGUGGAGUCACUGAAAAGAUCUGCAUGCAUAGAAAUAAAGGAAAGUGAGAAGAUCUUUACUGAGCUGAUCCGAUCCAUUGAGAAGAUCCACACUGAGGUUAUUGAGCUGAUUGGAGCUAACGAGAAGGCUGCAGUGAAUCAGGCUGAAGGACACAUGAAGAAACUGGAGCAGGAGAUUGCUGAGCUAAGGAGGAGAAACGCUGAUCUGAAACAGCUUUCAGAGACAGAGGAUCACAUCCAUUUUCUCCAGAAUUUCCAGCCUCUCUGUGCCCCUCCUGAAGCUGGAGACUUACCCAGCGUUACUGUCAAUACAGACAUCUCUUUUGGGGCUGUGAGGAAAGCUGUAUCUGAACUUAAAGGCCAUAUUGAGGACUUCUGCAAGGGGGAAUUAGUCAAAAUAACCAAAACAGUGAAUGAAGUUGCAGUUUACAGUCUGCAGGCUCCAGAGCCAAGGAACAGAGCUGAGUUUUUAAAAUAUUCCUGUCAGCUCACACUGGACCCCAACACAGCGCAUAGAAACCUCUGUCUGUCUGAAGGGAACAGAAAGGUGACAUGCAGGAGAGAGACCCAGCGAUAUCCUCAUCACCCAGAGAGAUUUGAGAGCUAUACCCAAGUGCUUUGCAGAGAGGGUUUGUCUGGGACUCGCUGCUACUGGGAGAUUGAGUGGAGUGUGGUAGGGGCUGAUAUAGGAGUCACAUAUAAAGGAAUCAGCAGGAAAGGAAGGGAUCAUUCCUGUAGCCUUGGAUACAAUGACAAGUCCUGGAGUUUGUGCUGCUCUGGUUCCAGUUACACUGCCUGGCACAAUAACAAUCACACUGCAAUAACUGCCCCCCGCUCCCCCAGAAUAGGAGUGUAUCUGGACUUUAAUGCCGGCACGCUGUCGUUUUAUGGCGUCUCUGACACAAUGACCCUCCUGCACAGAUUCCAAACCACAUUCACUGAGCCGCUCUAUCCUGGGUUUAGGCUUCAGUGGUUUCUUGAUUCCAGUGUAACAAUCUGCCAGCUGAACUAGACUGUUUUGUGUUGUAAGAAACCCUUUGUAUUGAACUCCCUGUCUGUCCUCUCCACUCCUCGGGUGAAGGGAAUGUUCAAUCUGACACAACUUUGGAUGAAAGUUAGGGGGUAAAACGGCGCCACCUGCAGAGCGAAACGAGGUCAGUACCUGUAUGUCCCUGAGAAGAAUGGAGAGUGUCUCCGUGUGACCGAUGAAGAGGAGAAGACUGCCAUUCUCAAUGAAGGUCACGCAGGACACUUCAGCUCAUGGGUGUGUGGACAAGGGGGUGGGGGGAGCCCCAGAAUUAGGAGUUAUUUGUUUUAUUGUGUUGGACAGCACACGUGGAGGGGUGAUGAGGUGAUGGACACAGCCAGGCUCUGCUACGUAGACAGUACCCACAGGUGGGAGGUUUGUAUGCUGUCACCAGCCUGACACAGCUGACCUCCUUCAGCUCACCGGCUCAGGGAUUUGUACAGAUUCUCAAUGUGUCUUGCAAUCACUGGGUCACGGUAAGUAACACAGGCUGUGAGGAAGGUACUUUAAAUGUGUUUGACUCUUUGGGAAUUAAUAAUAAGCAUGAUUUCUGUUCCCAGGUGGUAUCACUGCUGCAGUUCAGUGGAAAGACAGUUCUGAUCGGGUGGCCACAUGUACAGCAGCAGCAGGGAUGGAGGGACUGUGGACUGUUUACCAUCCCAAACAGCCUCACACUCUGCAUGGGUGGAGAUCCAGGUAAGUUAUAUUAUGAUCAAAAGCAAAUGUGUGAUCAUCUUUUUUCUUGUUUUGUAGCUGGAUCUCUUCCUCCUUUCCCGAGCUGUGAGAGAACCCCCCUCCCAGAGGUACAUUUCUGUGAUGUGGAGACCAGACAGGAUUGCACUGGAGCUGAUGGUGGAAUGCAGGAGGUGUGGUGAAUGGUUCCAUGGCCAGUGUGAAGAUCUACAGCCAGAUGCCCUCAUAAGCAUGGAGGUGUGUAUGUGCUGCAUUUGGAUUAGUAUAUUAUACUAACACUUCAAUGUGGUAAUGCCUGUCAAGCAACAUUACCAUCAUUUACAGCUAUUCACAUAUGUAUUGUUAAUAAGGCUCAGUGUCUUCAGUGUUUAUUUUUCAUGAGCGCACAAACUACUUAUUUUAAAGAAUUUAUUUUUUUCAGCAGACCCUGAUUCUGUAUUGAGACCUUUUUAUUUGGAGAAAUAUUGCAGCUGCUUUUGCACUUUCGUUUUUAAUUGGUAUGGUAGUCUUAGUUUCUGAGCUACUGAAUUAUUGCCUGACUUGAGUAUUUCCAGGGCAGAGAUAUCCAAAGUAAACUGGAUGUCAGUUCUAACACCCACCUUGUUUAAUGUAGUUAUAUUGAACCAGCUGGGGAGGGGCUGAUUCACUGUAUUGAAGUGAAAUUGUGCCAAAUAAGGUGUGUGUAACAUGAUAUAAAAGUACAGUAGAUGUAAUUCUGAAGUGAUAAACAACUUCACAUUUUACGUGUACAUGUUUCAGACAUUAAUGCUUCAAUUUCAAAUUCGAUUUCCAUUCCUAUUAACUGAUAUUACACAAUGACAUAUUAUAAAAGUUAACAGUAUGAAAUGUCCGUAUGAUUUACUGAUAACACAUAUAAAUUGGUGAUGUCAUUUUUAGACAGGCAUCCUCUUUAAAGUCCUUCUUUUUUUGUGGGUUAUGUGAGAAGGCAUUUUAAAGUUCUGUUAAACCAGCUCCUAACACCCCACUCCAUAGGUCAGGACCUUGACAU